AUGGCUCUGUAUAGACGCCUAUCUCCGAUCGGCGUCGGUGGUAUAGACUCCGAUGCUGACAGCGACAACCAGAAUAGCCAUCAGCAAGUGCCCAAGACUACGCGGCGCCUUUUGACCUCCGCGGAAGUUCCGCCCUGGUAUGGCCACAACAGCUUUAUCCAUACCGGUUAUCGCCCCAUCAUCGGUUCUGUUAAGCUAUGCUUUGAGAGUUUGGGCUAUGUUCACAAUGAGACUGCCAACAUCUACACUCACUUGGUGCCGGCGGUGAUUGCUAUUGUAGGCAACUAUGGCCUACAAGCAUACUUCAGCUCUCACUACCCUAAUGCGUCAUGGAGAGAUCAGUUGGUCUUUCACAUAUACUUAUCAACCUGUAUCCUAUGUUUUGGAAUCUCGUCCAUGUAUCACAUGCUGUUGUGUCAUUCUGAGGCAUACGCAAGCUUAUGGGCACGGUUCGACUAUGGUACUAUUGUUGUCCAGAUCUUGGGAUCAUUCAUCUCUGGCAUUUACAUAGGCUUCUACUGCGAACCUCACUUACAGAAACUCUACUGGGCGAUGAUCGGUUCACUGGGACUACUCACUGGUAUCGUGGUUGUGAAUUCCAGAUUUCAGAGUCACAAGUGGCGGACGUUACGAGUCUGUACCUUUAUUGCUACUGGCCUUUCUGCUUUUGCGCCCAUCAUACAUGCUGCUACUAUCUUUCCAUAUGCCCAGCUUGAUAAGCAGGCUGGUCUUCGCUACUACUAUCUUGAAGGUGUUGCAAUGUUGACAGGGGUUUUCUUUUACGUUACUCACUAUCCAGAGUCUCGAAAACCCGAGAAGUACGACAUUUGGGGCGCCUCUCAUCAGAUAUUCCACAGUUUCGUGGUGCUCGGAGCUGUCGUACAUUUCUACGGCAUUUUUAACGCGUUUGAUUGGAACUAUAAUAACCGCCGAUGCGUCUGA